AUGCUAAACAAUCCUCAAUUCCUUGCUAUGUUCCAAGCCUUUGUAAACCAAAAUACUCCUCAAAAUUUGUCACUUGGCACACCAACAUCUCAACGCGUAGAUCCAUAUCCCACAACUCAGGGAGGAGACAGUAGUAGCAAUAGAAUGCGAGUUGAAAACCAAUUUCCAACGCAAUCACUCGAUGAUGAUGAAGAUGUAGUUCAAGUUCAAGUUUCAGAACCGCAAGUAACUACAGGUAAGAAAGUGAAACAACCGAAAGAUAGGUGGGUCGCAGAAGAAGAUAGACACUUGGUGUCCGCUUACCUUAAUUGUUCGGGUGAUCCUGAGAAAGGAACAGAUCGGGAUAAGGGAGUCUACUGGCUUGAAAUCAAAGUGUCCUACGAUGCAGCAGUUGCUAAAACACCGAAUGUCAUGCACAAAAGAACCAUGAGAGCUAUUAAAAGGCGUUGGAGUCAAAUCAAUGAAGGUGUUACUUUAUGGGUAGCACAACUUGCGGCAGUUCAGCGUAUGCAAACUAGUGGUGAGGUUAUUAACGACAUAGAGGCUAAAGCACAUGACCUUUACAGACAAAAAAUGAAUAAACCUUUUGAGUUUUACCAUUGUUGGGAAGCAAUGCACCACCUUACAAGAUGGAUGCCUGGUAAGGACUCAACCGUUGUGAGUGAAGGGAGUUCUAAGAGAUCAAGCGACGAAGUCGGAACAAGUGUGCGUCCCGACGGUUGGAAAAAAACGAAAGCACAAAACAAAUUGAAAGGUGUUGCAACAAGCUUACAUGAAUUUAAGACCACUUUAAGCGGUAUGCAAACUGAGCGAGGUCUAAUGAGGAAGGGAAUGUCUGAUAUGCUCGAGUACCAGAAACAACGAGAUGAAACUAAAAUGAGGUUUAAGAUGUUUCAAUUGUUGAUGACAAAAUCGUAUCUUGAACCAUUUGAGGAAGAUUCAGAAGAAUCCAGUAACAGAAGAAGAUCCUACAAGAAGCUUAAGUAUAUUGAUAGAGAUCAUGAAGCUGCAAACACAAGAUUAAUGAACGAUUACUUUGUUGAUCAUCCGUUAUACACAGAAUCUAUGUUUCGACGUAGAUUUCGUAUGCGUAGGUCUCUAUUCAUGCGAGUUGUGGAUGCAGUUACUGCUAAACGACCUAAAUACUUCGAGCAACGUCAAGAUGCUACUGGGAAACUAGGAGCCACUAAUAUCCAGAAAUGCACAGCAGCAUUGAGGAUGCUAGCCUACGGGGUAGCAGCUGAUUCAAUUGAUGAGUACAUCAAAAUUGCUCAGUCAACUGCAAAAGCAAGCCUUGCUCACUUUGUUAAAGGGGUUCGAGAAGCGUUCACAGAAGAGUACUUGAGGAGGCCUACCAUUACAGAUUUGCAGCGCCUCCUAUAUGAUGGAGAAAGACGGGGUUUUCUGGGCAUGAUGGGCAGUAUAGAUUGCAUGCAUUGGCAAUGGAAAAACUGUCCCCGUGCUUGGAAAGGAUUAUACCAAGGAAGGAGUAAAACUGCAACGGUUAUCUUAGAAGUUGUUGCAUCAGGUGACUUAUGGAUAUGGCACGCAUUUUUUGGAACACCUGGAACUUGCAAUGACAUCAACAUGUUGCAACGAUCUCCGGUGUUUGAUGAUUUAUAUCAAGGUAAAGUCCCUCAAGUGAACUUUACAGUCAAUGGUAACACAUAUAACAAAGGAUACUAUCUAACUGAUGGGAUAUAUCCUAAGUGGGCCGUGUUCAUCCCAGCGAUUCGACUCCCAAUGAAUCCAGUGGAUCAAUUGUUCACUGAGCGACAAGAAUCGGUCCGAAAAGAUGUUGAGCGGGCCUUUGGUGUUCUUCAAUCACGUUUCGCAAUAAUACAAAGACCAGCUCUUGUAUGGGAUGAAAUGUUGUUGUGGGAGAUAAUGCUGGCUUGUAUAAUUCUUCAUAAUAUGAUUGUUGAGGAUGAACGAGAUACAUAUCAGAAUUAUGGUGACAUGUCAGAAUUCGAGCAAGAAAAUGCAACAGCAAUUAGCGGAUGA